AUGAAUAACAAUGAUGAAGAAUCAUUUCGAAUGGGAAGUCGUCAAAUAGAAGAAGAAGAAGAAGAAGAAGAAGAAAAUGAUCAAUUUACUAAUUUACAAAAUGAUAAUAGUGAUGAAGAGAUUGAAAAUGUUCGUCGAAAAUUUUCACCAUGUGAAUCUUGUGGUCUUUUACGUCGUCCUUGUUGUUUUCCAAAUUUAUGCCGACAUCGACCUGGCAAAAUAAGUGAAUGUUUCAAAGUAUAA